CACUAUGUACUAGUAUAUGUCAGGUUUUUAUACUCCGCGAGUGUCUAUGCUGUUUACAUUGCGAGCAGUGAUCUUUUAAGGAAUUUGGGAUUUAAAUGUUUCCACAGGAAUUAUAGAAACAUGGAAACAGAUCCAAAACCUUAUUUUGUUUGAAAAUAAUUUUCCUUUGCAUAAAUUGUACUAGUAUCUUCUCAUCCAAGCAAUACAUCAGACAUGAAAGAAGGGCACAAUGCAUCUAACAUGAUGAACGAUGAUUACAUUCAUGGAAAUGGAGAGGCUGUUAAUACAGAGGAAUCCCCAGGGAAGCAGAAAUUACGUGGAUGGCUGAAUCGAAACUUGAGAAUAAAAAUGACAGAUGGUCGGGUUUUAAUAGGUGCAUUUCUGUGUACCGAUCGUGAUGCCAAUGUGAUUUUAGGAUCAUGUUCAGAAUUUUUAUCAGAGGAUCACAUGGAAGCGAGAACUCUCGGUUUAGUUAUGAUACCUGGUAGACACAUUGUAACAAUAAAACUUGAUGCGUGAAUACAA